AUGACAUUAGACAAUGAUCCCGUUGCUAUCGUUGGUAUGGGAAUGCGAGUUCCUGAAGCUGAUGACAUUGAGACCUUUUGGAAACUCCUGGAGGAGAAGAGAGACAUGACAAGAGACAUUCCGAAAGAGCGCUUCAAUCCCGAGUUCUGGUGUAGCACCCACAAAAUAAAGGGAAGUUCCAUUUCGCACCGAGGAGGAUUUAUAGAUAAUAUUAGAGACUUUGACGCCCCCUUUUUCAACUUGAGUGCAAAUGAAGCACGAGAAUUAGAUCCCCAGAUACGCCUUCUCCUUGAAACUGCAUGGUUCGCGCUCGAAGAUGCAGGGUGCUCGCUGGACAAUACAUGUGGAGUCGGAGGCGUGUUCAUUGGACACAUGACGCACGACUAUAUGGAGGUACUAAGUGGAUCUCGCUACUUGAUCAAUUCGCACUGCAUGCAAGGAAAUGCGGAAACGAUGGCUUCUAACCGAUUGUCCUACUUUUUCAAUCUCACCGGUCCCUCAAUUACCUAUAACACUGCCUGCUCUUCCUCUUUGGUAGCUAUUCACGGAGCUGUGCGAGCCAUCCAAGAGGGCGAAUGUCGAUGGGCGUUAGCUGGCGGAGCCAACGCUCUUCUCGACCCUCGCUACUUUGUGGGCUUCACAGACUGGGGCACGAUGUCCCCCGACGGCCACUGUUUUUCGUUCGACAGUCGCGGAAAUGGAUAUGUGCGAAGCGAAGGCGCUGGGAUCGUCGUUUUAAAGAAGCUCUCGGAUGCGAUGGCUUCUGGAGAUCGCGUGUACGCUGUGAUUCGAGGCUGCGGCGUGAAUCAUGAUGGAGCCAAGGCUGCCAUUACAAAUCCUCGCGCUUUCACUCAACAAUUGCUUUUAGAAAAGGUCUGCAAGGAGUCCGACACCGAUCCGAAUUCAAUCACCUACGUGGAGGCGCACGGCACGGGAACUGUGGCGGGAGACAAAACAGAGGCCAGCGCGAUCAGUGCUGCUCUGUGCAAAAAGAAACGGCCCCAUCGCCUGCUGAUUGGCUCGCUCAAGUCGAAUUUUGGCCACAUGGAGGGAGCUGCGGGCGUGGCUUCGCUGAUCAAAGGCGCGCUGUGUGUGUACAAGGGCGAGAUCCCAGCAACGAUCAAGGUGCAAGAGCCCAACACCAAUAUUCACUGGGACGACUGGCAGCUGCAGCUCCCUCUGGAUGCGCAGAAGUUCCCGGAAAAGUCAGAAUUCCCCAGACGUGUUGUGGUGAGUUCCUUUGGAAUCGGAGGCACAAACGCCUGCUUUAUCUUGGAGCAGCCUCCUGCCUGCUGUGUGCUGAGUCCGAUCCCCAAACUACCGGAGGAUGACCGAUGCAUUUACACGCUGCUCUGGUCGGGGAAGACGGAGGCUUCGCUGCGUUCGAUUGCGUCGCAGCUGGCCGAGCAAUGGACGCGCAAUCCGACUCCCGAAUCGCACCAAACGCUGUGCAACACGCUGAUGUAUCAUCGAACCUUGCUUGCUGAGCGCGCUGGGAUUGCUGGAACGGCCGACACGAUCGCGUCGGAGUUGCAGAAAUAUGCGACGGGAGAUGCUACUUCCGCUGUGCAUCAUAGCAGCGCGCUCGACCAUUCGUCCAGACCGGUCGCCUUUGUGUUCUGCGGACAGGGAUCCCAGUGGAUGACGAUGGGCUCGGACUGCAUGUCGUCCUUCCCUGUCUACGCUUCGGUGAUGAAGCAGUGCGACGCCAUUGUUCGAAAGCUGGGCGGAUGGAGCUUAUUGGACAAGAUCAACUCGAAGGAGGUGAACACGACUCGGAUUUCUCAGCCCGCCACAACGGCCGUUCAGAUUGCACUCGUGGAGCAGCUGAAGGUGUGGGGAGUGGUUCCCACCGCUGUGACUGGCCACAGCUCGGGAGAAAUCGCGGCUGCGUAUGUGGCGGGAGCUGUAACGCUGGAAGAGGCGAUGAAACUGGCGUACUAUCGUGGAUCGACGAUCUCGGAUCUCUCUGGAGACAAGGGAGGAAUGGCGGCUGUGGGACUGACGGCCGAAGCGCUGGCUCCCUAUCUGACGAAGUAUGAGCAUUUGGUGAUCGCUUGCUACAACAGUCCCACAGCAUUGACGGUCUCUGGAGAUAUUGCGGAGAUUGAUCAGCUUUGUUCAGAGUUGAAGGCGGAUGGUCACUUUGCACGCAAGUUGGUGGUGACGCAUGCGUUCCAUUCUCCUCACAUGAUGGCCGCCAUGCCGAAAUACCGCGAAGCCAUUCGUUCAAUCGAGGGAAAGCCUCUAUCUUGCCACUUUUUCUCUUCGUUGAAGGGAUGCGAAAUUGUCGAUGGUUCGAAGCUCAAUGCUGACUAUUUUGUGAAUAAUCUAACGCAUCCAGUGCUUUUCCCUGAUGCGUUGAAGGCCUUGAGCGUCGUUUCUCCCCACACAGUCAUUGUCGAGGUGGGUCCCCAUCCGACACUUCAGCGCCCGAUUCUUCAGUGCUUAAACGGAAUCGAAGGGAUGAAAAGCCUUCUUCAAGGAUGUGCUCAGGACUUGACGGUCACGAGUGCCUCCAUCAUGAAAUCCACGAUUCCUUCCAGUGAUAGUCUGUCCGCCUCCCUCUUGCACACCUCUCUAUUGCCGUGGAGGUCGGAUAUACCGCACUAUCCUUUCGAGCGGAAGACGUUGUGGGUCGAUUCGGAGCAUUCGUUCCGUUUCCGCUAUCCUCGAGUUGACCAUCCGAUUCUGGGCAUUCCGCAGAUUGCUCCGCAGCCCACGUGGGAAAUCGAUCUUCAGAUGGAGGAAAUGGAAUGGUUGCAUGACCACAUGAUAUCUGGCUCUUGCUUAGCCCCUGGAGCGUUGUAUCUGGACACAGCCCUGGCAGCUGGAUGUGUUGUGUAUGGAACGAAGACAUGUUCUCUGACAGACUGCUGCUUCAUGCAGGCGUUUGUUCUUCCCGAGAAGGGACAUGUGCAGAUUCGAACGACUAUGGAUCCGGAGACUGGCGAGGUGCUGAUUUAUCAUCGAGACGAGCCCGAAGAUGUGACAAGAUCCUUUACGGAGGAUGAGUCAAGACGGUGGACUUGCCAUUUCCGUUGCUUCGCGCAUCCCGAAACCGAUUCUCUGCUUCGAACGCAGGCAAGGGAGGUCGCCGAAGUGACAAAGCAUGACUGCACUUCGUCCUUAUCGGUGGAUUCGCUCUAUCAUCACAUGUUCGUGCAGGGAUUGCAGUUCGGACCGGAGUUCAAGACACUGCAAAAAGUGCAGGUCGGUCAGGAUCAGGGCGUUUGCACUGUGCGUCCAGAUGUUCUUGGGAGUAAAGGAACGGGAAAGAAGUACAAAAUCCAUCCUGUUCUAUUAGAUACGAUUUUCCAAUCUCUCAUCUCUCUGCUAAGUGACGAGAUUGGUGGCUGUAUUCCGAUUGCAAUCCGGUUCCUCAAUUUCUAUGGUAUGAGGGAUGAUGGAAAAGGAGAGGAGGAGGCUGAAAAGGAAGAAGAGAUUCAGGUGUUUGUGAAGAAAUCGAACAUUAAAGGUAUCUCCAAUUAUGUCUGUUUGGUGGCUUGCCAAGGAGUGCAAGUCACGCCGUUAAGUCAUCCAGUGGAAAAACAACUGAUUCACGAUAUGAAGUACUGUGAAGUCUCUCUAUCCAAGGGUACUGAAUCGAAGCAAGUGUCGUGUUUCGAUUCGUCCAUGUUUUGUUGUGAUUCCUAUCCGGUGAUUACAAGAGAGUACUUGCAGCAAAUUCAGGAAUCGCCGGAUAAAAAGCAGGAAUGGACGAAUCAGAUCUGGAUUUGGACGAUCGACUUGAAGAGUGAUUCUAUGAUUGACGAAUAUGAGCACACCAUCUAUCCUUUCGCUCGCUCGUUGCUCCAAUGCUGCCAGAAAGAGGUGUCUCUCCCUCCUCUUCUUAUCAUUACGCAUGGAGCUUGCUUAGAUACGCAGCAUCCAGAAAACACCUCUCUUGUUGGUUUCGCUCGAGCGCUCCACACAGAAGCUCCCUCUCUCAACUUAUGGCUCGUGGAUCUUCCUUCUCCAGCUGUCUGGGAUGAAGCCACCCAGCUGCUUUUUAGCUUGCAAACCUAUGAAGGAUACCACGAGCUCAUUCUCCGCAACAACACUUGGUAUGAGCCCCAAGUCUCCACUACCACCAUACAAACUCCGCACUAUCACGAGCCUGACAAUGAUUGCUGGUCUCUUAUUCAGUCGCAGGAAGGCUCACUGGAUAGUUUCAACCGCACGGAGUUACAGACGCGUCCGAUGACCGAUGAGGAUGUGACGGUGCGAGUUCAUUACGUGGGUCUCAAUUACAAAGAUGUGAUGAUUGCUGUUGGACUGCUGAAGGAAGAUGCAUUUGCCGGAGGACGAUCGGGCGUACAGAUCGGAUUAGAAGCUUCUGGAGUGGUCGAAGCGGUUGGAAAGAAUGUGACCGAAUUCAAGGUGGGAGAUGAAGUGCUGUGUCUUCUUGACCAUGGACUGGCUACUCGCACAGUCACCGAAGCGUGCUUUACAGCACACAAGCCUGCGAAUGUGUCCAUGAAAGAAGCAGCUUCGCUGUUUGUCGCGUAUACCACCGCCUAUGCGACGGUUGUUUCGCUGGGAAAGGUCAAGCCUGGAAUGAAGGUGCUGAUCCAUGGAGCUGCAGGAGGCGUUGGCUCAGCGGCCAUCCAAUUUGCGCAUACGGCAGGAGCAACGGUGAUCGCCACAUGCUCAAACAAGAAGAAAGAGGAGUACGUCCGCUCGUUGGGCGCUGAUUACGUGCUGAAUUCUCGCUCGUGUACUUUUGCGACCGAAAUCAUGGAGAUUACGAAUCACACAGGAGUCGAUUUGGUGUUGAAUUGCCUUUCUGGCCGAUUUAUGCAAGAGUCACUGCGAUUGCUCGCUCCAUUCGGUACGUUUAUCGAAAUUGGCAAAACGGAUGCGAUUGCUCGCCACCGAAUCAACAUUCACAAUCUGCUGAACAAUGGCACCUACAUCUUCUUUGAUAUGGAUCGUUAUUUCGCCAAGCGAGACAUUUGCGUGGGAUGGAUCAAAUCGAUGAUCAAGGCUGUUUCAAAUGGAGAUAUUCAUCCGCCUCCCAACGAAGUGUUUACGCUGAAGAACAUCGGUCAGGCGAUUCGAAAACUAUCGGCUGCCAAACACCUAGGAAAGAUACUCCUGCAACUACGAGAAGAUGAUGGAACUCUGAUUUCCUCCUGCCAUCAAAUUCCUUUCAAGCCAAGCCAGUUGUUCCGCAGCGAAGGCAGCUAUGUGAUUGUAGGAGGCACGGGAGGAUUAGGCCUCAACAUCGCUAAAUGGAUGACAGAGCAUGGCGCGAGGCACAUUCUCUUGUUAAGUCGUUCCGGUACGAUUCACAGCGAGGAUCAACUCCAAUUCAACAGUAUGAAGAACCGAUGUGGUGAUAUCUGCGUGGAGAAGUGCAAUGCGUGUAACGAAAAAGAAUUAACAAGGUGUCUGGACACGUGGCUGGCCACACGUCCUCCUCUCGUUGGAAUGAUUCAUUCGGCGAUGGUGCUGCGCGAUGGACUGAUGAGUUCGCUCACGGACGAGGAUAUUAAGACAUCGCUGUCCUCCAAAAUCUCUGUAGGCUGGAAUCUUCACAACUAUUCCGUUUCCCAUAACUGCUCUCUGGAUCUGUUCAUUGUCUUUUCUUCCAUCUCAGCGAUUAUUGGAAAUUUGGGGCAGUCCAAUUACUGUAUUGGAAACACGGCUCUGGAGGGAUUGAUUAGUCAUCGUCGAGCGCAGGGACUUUGUGGCACAGUGUUGAAUCUGGGUGGUGUGUAUGAUGCAGGCGCUGUUGCUCGUGAUGGCAGCAUUCUAAAUGCAUCGCUCCAUGCGCAGAUGAUCAGCAAGAAGGACGUCCUCAAAGCGGUGGAAGUCGUUGCGCAGACUCAAUCCCAUCUAACGGUCCAGACGCACGCAGUUCACGGACAAGAAACAAUUACAACUUCGAAUGUGGAAUCGCCUCAACAGUUGGUCGUCUUCCCGUUUGACACCAGCAUGAAUCAAAUGGGCGACUUGCCGAUUGUGCGAACCCUGAAGUGGUCGUAUGCUGCAUCGUCUGUGAAAACAGACGCAAUGCUUCAUCACAUCAUUCAGUUAUCUCCUGAAGAGCGACAGGAAGCGAUCAUUUCUUCUCUGAAGCAGGAUCUGUCUACGAUAUUGGGCGCAGAUCCAACGACUCUGAAGCUUGAUCAAUCACUGGCAUCUCUUGGAAUUGACAGCAUCCUUGCAGUAGAACUCAAGAAUAGAUUAGAUAUGCAGUGGAUAAUGAAUCUUCCGGUAUUCGAAUUGACGAGCGGAAAGAACAUUGGCGAUUUAGUUACAACAAUUAUCAACCACGUUGAGAAGCAAAACACUCUGGAUGUUUUGUCAUCCCACAGUCAAGUUCAGGUUCAAGAGCAAACUCUCUUCUCGCAAUCUGAAUUAGUGAAGCUCAUCCAGCGAAAGGAGGAUGUUACUGGGUAUUCUGGAGUGGGUGAUAGUCUCGAAUCGGAUGUCUUAAACUUGAUCAAAAAGAUGAAGAUCCACACACAAGUGAAGACGGACUUUGCAGAGAAGUUCGAUUGGCUGACAACGCGUGAAGCUCUCGAGACCAAGAUCUAUUUGAACCAACUCCCGUGGAACCCCUAUUUCUUCACGCAGGAUAAGAAAACGGCGACUAUUUCAGCGAUUGAUGGAUUCCCAGAGUGUAUAAACUACACCACGUAUGACUAUCUGGGACUCUGUGGCUCAAAAGCGGUGAAGGAAGCUUCUCAAAAGGCCAUCGAAAAGUAUGGAACCUCUGUUUCUGCAAGUCGGCUGGCAGGAGGUCAGAUUCCGCUCCACCAGCAAUUGGAACAGAAAAUAGCUUCGUUUUUGGGAGUUGAGAGCUGCAUUGUGAUGCUGGGUGGCCACACUUGCAAUGUGAACACACUGAAAUGUCUGAUGAACAAGAGAGAUCUCAUUUUAUACGACGAGCUUGCCCACAAUUCGAUUAUCGAAGGUGCGGUAUAUUCAGGAGCAGAUCGAAUGGCGUUUAGACAUAAUGAUGUGGAAGACCUUCAACGCAUUCUAUGCGAUCACCGAGGCAGUUAUGAGAAAGUGCUGAUUUGCAUUGAAGGCGUUUACAGCAUGGAUGGCGACAUUCCAGACCUCCCUGCCAUCAUCAAGGUGAAGCAGCGAUUUAACUGCAUUCUGUAUGUUGACGAGGCACACAGCAUUGGCGUAUUAGGAGCCACAGGACGUGGAAUCGGAGAGCAUUUUGGGAUUGACAUGACGCAAGUGGAUCUGUGGAUGGGUUCUCUGGGAAAGGCGUUCGCAAGUGCUGGAGGCUAUGUCGCUGGAUCGGCCGUGGCUAUUGAGAUUCUGCGAUAUCGAGCCCCUGGAUUUGUGUAUUCAAUCGGAAUGCCUCCUCCCAACGCUGCGUCCGCCUUAGCAGCUAUUGAUACCCUGAAGAACGAGCCUUGGAGAAUCUCAAAGCUGCACCAACGCACAGAUCUCUUCAAGCGGUUAUGUAAUGAAAACAAGAUCGAUAUUUAUGACUCCAUGAAGAGUCAGAGCGCCGUCAUCCCAGUGAAGUGUGGUUCUACAGAACGAUGUAUCGAGAUGAUGCGUAGAUUACGAGAAAAGGGGGUACUAGUCAGCGCUGGCAUGUACCCCGCUGUGGAAAGUGGAAAUGCUCGCCUCCGAUUCUUCAUCAGUGCUGACCAUGAGGAGACGGAAAUAGAAAAAACGGUGAAGGCCGUCAAAGAGACUUUAUGUGAAACAGUAUCCAUGUAA